AUGGCAUCAUCCAUAGUCAAUUUAAUUAUUAUCUUCUUUUCUCUUCUCAAUCGUUUACUAGCUGAUGGUUGGGCGAUUGAUCUAUCAAAUGAAUCACUUGGUUAUUGUAGAUUUCGCUAUUAUAUUGUCUAUGUGACAUUUCAUUUAUCACCGUAUAUGAAUGUUUUGGCAACGAUUGAUCGCUAUUGUUCAAGUUCAAAACAAGCUAAAUGCCGUCGAUGGAGUACACGCAAAGUUGCUUAUUAUGUUGUACCGUCAACAGUCCUUCUAUUCUUACUACUGUUUCUUCAUAUUCUAAUAUGUUUUCAAAUUGAAAGAAUAUCUGCCACUACUGUUCUGUGCAAACCAAACUCUGGUAUUUAUACACAUUUUUUUGGUUACUAUACUCUAAUCAUCUAUUGUCUUUCACUAUUUCUAUUAAUUCUAUUUGGCAUUCUAACUCUGGUCAAUAUCAAAAGGCAACAUCAUCGUAUAAUGCCAGUGAUUAUGACGAAUCGAUUAUCAACACGUCAAACCGACGGACAGCUUCUGCGAAUGUUGUUGUUUCAAGUGAUAACGUACAUUAUACUCGUUCUGCCUUAUAAUACAACAUUAGUUUGGACGACUUUAGUCGAUUCGAAUAAUGUUGUCGCAUUUACAACAAACAUUACCCGUUUUCCAUUGUUUUUGAGUUAUUCAACAAGUUUCUAUGUUUAUACGUUAACAAAUCGAUUAUAUCGUAAAGAAUUUUUUACAUUACUCAAUCUUAUCACACAACGAUUAUUUGCACGGACUAUUGUACAACGAAUAACAUCGACGGUAAUGAAUACGACAGUAGCAGACAUAGCAACAAUUGCUCAUACAAAAGCAGCACUCAAUGCUAAAAGUACACGUUUAACAACUUGA